AUGGGUGACGCUCUAGAUCAUCUCGCGAAUCGCACAAAGCUGGAAUGGCAGUGCAAUCUCAACAUCGAUUAUCUUCCAAAGAAGAACCAUCGCAGAACCAGCAUCAUCUGCACAAUCGGCCCUAAGACCAAUUCCGCAGAGAAGAUUACUAUGCUGAGAAAGGCUGGUCUCAAUGUCGUCCGCAUGAACUUCUCGCACGGCUCAUAUGAGUACCACCAAUCUGUUAUCGACAACACGAGACAAUCCGCCAAAGACUAUCCUGGUAGGCCCGUGGCUAUUGCCCUGGACACAAAAGGACCAGAGAUUCGGACUGGAAACACACCUGGCGACAAGGAUAUCCCAAUCAAGGCUGGCCUUGAAUUGAACAUUACCACCGACGACAAGUACGCCACUGCCAGCGACGACAAGAAUCUCUAUGUUGACUACAAGAACAUUACCAAAGUGAUCGGCAGGGGCAAGCUGAUCUACAUCGACGACGGUAUCCAGUCGUUCGAAGUCCUCGAGGUCGUGGAUGACAAGACUCUUCGAGUGCGUGCGCUCAAUGACGGACAAAUCUCAUCCAAGAAAGGAGUCAACCUCCCCGGAACUGAUGUCGAUCUCCCCGCUCUGUCCAAGAAGGACAUUGCAGACUUGGAGUUUGGUGUCAAGAACGGAGUUGAUAUGGUCUUUGCCUCAUUCAUUCGACGCGGAGAAGAUAUUAAGCAUAUCCGUCAAGUCCUCGGCGAGGCCGGCAAAGAAAUCCAGAUUAUUGCCAAGAUCGAAAACCAACAGGGUAUGAACAACUUCGACGAUAUUCUGGCCGAAACCGACGGUGUCAUGGUGGCUCGUGGUGACCUUGGAAUCGAAAUCCCGGCUGCCAAGGUGUUCAUUGCUCAAAAGAUGAUGAUCGCAAAGUGCAACAUGGCAGGCAAGCCUGUGAUCUGUGCCACACAGAUGCUGGAAUCCAUGACCAACAACCCCAGACCUACUCGAGCUGAAGUCUCUGAUGUCGCCAACGCCGUUCUCGACGGAGCUGACUGUGUCAUGUUGUCUGGAGAGACUGCAAAGGGCAACUAUCCAAAGGAGGCCGUUAGCAUGAUGCACGAGACUUGCUUGUUGGCAGAGGUUGCCAUUCCCUACGCCAACAUGUUUGACGAGUUGAGGACGACCUGCCCACGACCAAUUGACACUGUUGAGGCCAUUGCCUGCUCUGCAGUCAGCGCUAGCAUGGAAUUGAAUGCCGGUGCCAUUGUUGUCUUGACCACUAGCGGUCACUCAGCCCGGUUGCUCUCCAAAUACCGGCCAGUAUGCCCGAUCAUCAUGGUCACGCGAAAUGCUACGGCCUCUCGAUACGCUCACCUCUAUAGAGGAGUGUAUCCGUGCCACUUUCCCGAACCGAAACCAGACUUUAGUGGUGUCGACUGGCAGAAGGACGUUGAUAAGCGCCUUAAGUGGGGGAUCAACGAAGGGAUCAAGCUGGGAGUCCUGAGUAAAGGUGAUAGCGUUGUUGCUGUCCAAGGCUGGAGAGGCGGCCAAGGCCACACAAACACCAUCCGCGUGGUUCCUGCGGAGGAGAACUUGGGCCUCCUUGAGUGA